AUGUCGGUUGGUCAUUCGCUAGAUAGCAGAAUGAUAAUGGGAAUGAAUAUAGACUUACGGGAUGAGAGUAACAUGAACAACUUUGUGGCCUACGUUCUCAACUGCUGCAAAGAAAAGAUUAGAGAGAAACGACUCGAAAUAGUCUCUCUUCUCGAUGGAGACGUGUUUUACAACAUAGACAGUUGGCCAAAAGAACUACGUUUAAUUCUUUGGAAGAAACCGCUUUCGGAUAAAGAGACAUGCAAACUGAUAUUGUUCUUGGUAGGAAACGGUUGCCCCCCAUUGAUUGCAUACAAAUGGAUUAUUACAUCUACCUACUGGGGCAGGGAAAAAACAAGAAAGCGUUGGGAACAAAUAAGAUGGAUUAACCUGAAUAUGGAAAGAAAUAUGCAUUAUUGGUUCUAUUAUGAUAUGUUUCACAGCAAACAUUUAUAUCUCAAUGGUGACGAGAGACAAUUGUAG